UAAGUACCCCAAGACUCCCUCAUCAACGCAAAAUUGACGAGCUUUCUUGCACGAGAGAUUCAGCGUCAAAAUGCAGCCUUGGCAUUUCAAAGCAUCCCUUCUGCACGUCGUAUCUGCACCUAUGAACAUCUCCAUCCAAUAUCUUCCGAGAUUUGUGGCGACCUCCUCACAGAUGUAAAGGAGAUGGUCAGAGAAUAUAAAAAUUAUCAACGAUUUCAAGCAGAGCGUUUGAAAAAUGUCCUUAAACAGACUGAGCUUGCAAUAGACGUGACGAGAAAUCCUCGCAUGGAACCUAGCUCCGUUUUCAAUUACCCAGAAGAUAUCAACUUCCUUGAACAAUUCGCCAUUCAUUACAAGCAAGGAGUUGGUCUCAGCGAUGAUGCCUACCAGGUAUACCUUAUCAAUGUCUCUAUAAUAUUGAAACGAGCACUCCCAACUCUCGAGGAUGAAUAUGAGAACGUCUGCCCCUGGUCUCUAAUUCUCAAGGUUAACUCGUCCGAUCUCUGUCCACAUGGACCCUUCUGUAAGUACAAGCAGAAGUACAACCUGUCUCAAGUUCCAGCAAAUCAUCCCGGUCCUCCUGAUGGCACUACCCAUAGCGCUGUCGUUGGUUCUUGUCAAGAUGAGUAUGCUGUUCAGCCUGGUGAGACGAAGCCUGAGGGAUGCAAGGUUAAGGGGUACUGUGCACUUCAACACAAGGAAGAUUGUAACAGCAAGGCAGACUGUGAUGCAAUCAUACUUUAUGCAGUGGCUUGUCUUCAUAGGGAUAGACUUUGGGAGUAGUGAGUAGCAUUGAG